UGCCGGUGCGGCGGCCAUGGCGCGGGUGCUGGUGGUGGGCGCGGGGCUGACGGGCGCGGCGGGCGCGGCGCUGCUGCGCGGGGCCCCUCGGGGACAGGUGGCCGUGUGGGACAAGGCGCGGGGCGCAGGGGGCCGCAUGAGCACGACCCGCGCCGACCGCGGCAGCGCCGACCUGGGCGCGCAGUUCGUCACCUGCGAGCCGGAGCUGGCGGGGCCGCGGCUCAGCUUCUACGAGGAGCUUGUCACCCACGGCAUCCUGAAGCCACUGACGGCUCCCGUGGAAGGACUGGUGGUGAGAGAAGGCUCCCGCAAUUUCGUGGCACCCCAGGGCAUCUCCUCGGUUGUCAAGUAUUAUUUGGAGCAGUCAGGUGCAGCCGUGUCCUAUGAGCAGCAUGUAACUCACAUUUCCCUGCGGGAUGGCAGGUGGGAAGUCUCCAGGAAAGCUGGGCCCCCGGAGCAGUUUGAUGUGGUAAUUCUCACCAUGCCUGUCCCGCAGAUUCUCCAGCUGCAGGGUGACAUUGUGAACAUAAUUAAUGAAAGUCAAAAGCAGCAACUGGAAUCUGUGAGCUACUCAUCCCGUUAUGCCCUGGGACUGUUCUAUGAGGCUGGCACAGGGGUUGGUGUCCCCUGGGCUGCUCGCUACGUCGCCGAUAAUCCCUGCGUGCGCUUCAUCUCCAUCGAUAACAAGAAGCGCAAUAUAGAGUCUCCUGAAAUUGGGCCCUCAGUCGUGGUGCACACCACUGUGGCCUUUGGCAGCGAGCACCUGGACUCAGACCCUGAGGAGGUGCAGCAGAUCAUUCUCAGCCACCUGCAGAGGAUUGUGCCCUCCCUGCCUAAACCAAGCAGCAUCAAGUGCCAGAGAUGGAGAUACUCCCAGGUUACCAGAGCUGUGCCCAAUUGUCCAGGACAGAUGAUUCUUCACACUCAGCCUCUCCUGAUCUGUGGGGGUGAUGGAUUCACUCGUUCCAACUUUGAUGGCUGCAUUGAGUCUGCCAUGAGCCUUGCAGAGGCUGUGAAGCCUCAUUUAGAGCAAUUUCAAACUCAGGCUGCUAAAAUUCCUCUAGAUUUGUUAUGAAUUUUUGCUGUGAUGGAUCAAAUUUGAGUUUAACAUCAACAUCAUCUUGCAAGAAACAAAGAAAGGAAGAUGUAUCAGCACCCUGGAAUAAUUAUUGGGAUGGAAUUAAAUUGAA